AUGGCACCAGGGUUUAGGGAGAUCUUGGCCGUGGUAGGAGGGGAUCCCACCUGCCCCUCAAAAUCAUCCGACUGGAUUGCAUUCAGACUAUGUGACCUACGAUGCACCGGCAGCAUUGAGCGUGAAGAGUUGAAGGAGAUGGUGCUUGCAGUCCUGAAUGAAUCAGACCUACUUCUUUCUGACGACGCUGUCGAACAGAUGGUUGAUCAGACAUUCAAAGAGGCAGAUCUGAACGGCGACGGGAGGAUAGAUCCCGACGAAUGGAAAGCAUUCGCAAGCAUGAAUCCAGCCUUGUUGAAGUACAUGACUCUCCCAUACCUAAAGUAA